ACCAAAUGGCCAUUGACUUGCAGAGAUUGUGAUCGUUUCAGCUGCUGAAGAUUUUAUCAGUGCAUCAAAAAUUCAAAAUACAGUAAUGGUGGAGACCCAGUUGAUCCAACUGAGCUCUUUGUCAAGUUUCAGCUUCUGGGUAUGAAAAGAAAGCAGCUUUGGUUCCAGUUUUCAAGUAUUCAAUUUUGUGUAAUUUGGGAUCAAAUUAUAUAACAUUGUGUUUGAUGUGCUUCUACUGAGAUUUCUUUUGAACAUUAGUCAAUGAAUACCUGUAUUGGGAUUGCGAGAAUCCGAAUGUUUAUGUGCUGCUGAAAUUUCCUUAGGGAUUGGUGUAUUGUGAAUUCUGAGUUUUGAUGUGUCAUAGUAUGUUUAGAGUAGGACUCAAUGUCAAUCCUAUGUGCGUGUCCUGUCCUUGAGUGUGUUUAUUGUCUGGCAUGUACCCGCUGGGCGUGGAAGCGAUGCCUCCACACAGCGGGUCAUGACAGUGAGACUUGGGGCCUUUCCACUGCUGAAGAAUUUGAGCCUGUUCCUCGCCUUUGCCGCUACAUUCUAGCAGUUUACGAAGAUGACCUUCGAUGCCCUCUUUGGGAACCACCCGGUGGGUAUGGAAUUAACCCAGAUUGGUUAAUCUUGAAAAAGACUUAUGAAGAUACCGGAGGUCUAGCUCCUCCUUAUAUAUUGUAUCUUGAUCACAAUCAUGCCGAUAUAGUUCUUGCCUUCAGAGGCCUUAACUUGGCAAGAGAGAGUGACUAUGCAGUUCUGAUGGAUAAUAAGCUCGGCCAGAGGAAAUUUGAUGGCGGGUAUGUUCACAACGGGCUAUUGAAAUCUGCUCAAUGGGUUAUGGAUGCAGAAUGUGAAAUUUUGAAAGAUCUGGUGCAGAAUUAUCCAAAUUAUACUUUGACUUUCGCGGGACACUCCCUAGGGUCAGGUGUAGCAGCAUUGUUAACAAUGGUGGUAGUGAAGAACAGGGAUAGGUUGGGGGACAUUGAUCGGAAGAGGGUUAGGGGCUAUGCUAUUGCACCGGCAAGGUGUAUGUCAUUGAACCUAGCUGUCAGAUAUGCAGACGUCAUCAAUUCUGUUGUGCUUCAGGAUGACUUCUUACCGCGGACUGCUACACCCUUGGAAGACAUUUUCAAGUCACUUUUCUGUUUGCCUUGCAUAUUGUGCCUACGAUGCAUGAGGGACACAUGUAUACCUGAGGAGAAGAUGCUCAAAGAUCCAAGGAGGCUCUAUGCACCUGGCCGCCUUUAUCACAUUGUUGAGAGAAAGCCUUUUAGGUGUGGAAGAUUUCCCCCCGUUGUCAAGACAGCAGUUCCCGUGGACGGGAGAUUUGAGCACAUCGUUCUUUCUUGUAAUGCCACUUCUGACCACGCCAUCAUUUGGAUAGAGAGAGAAGCCCAAAGGGCUCUGGAUUUAAUGUUGCAGAAAGAUCAUAUUAUGGAGAUUCCGUCGAAGCAAAGAAUGGAGCGGCAGGAGACAUUAGCCAAAGAACACACAGAAGAGUACAAGGCUGCAUUACAGAGGGCUGUCACAUUGGCCGUGCCUCAUGCAUAUUCACCGUCUCCGUACGGAACUUUUGACGAGAAGGACGAGGAAGAUCACUCAUAUGGAUCAAGCGGGGAAUCUUCGUUUGGAUCGACUAAGAAAAGCAAGUCCUUCACAGCGCGGUUUUUCUAGAGAAAAGAAUGUACGAGAAGGGAGUGAUUGUUGUUGUUAUUACUAUUGUUUGAUAAGUAGUGAUCGAUCAUUACUGUAGUUGUUUCAGGUACAAACAUGGAGAAAAGAAUACAUUUGAAUUCAUUGAUUCAUUGCUUUUUU